UGGCACCCUCUCAGAUACCUCUAGUACCCCGUGCUCACCGAGCCAUCAAGCACGCUCUUCCACGUUCAUAUCCCAGUACUAUGACUACGCUCGAUCCAGGAACAAAGAGUGUCCCACUCUCAAUUACUGAAGAUGAAGCGGCUGUAUACGAUCGACAGAUCCGGCUCUGGGGCCUGGAGGCCCAGCAAAGGAUGCGCAAUGCUACCAUUUUGGUCGUCCAAUUGAAGGGCGUGGCCACAGAAGCCAUCAAAAAUAUAGUGCUCGCAGGCAUUGGCAAGCUCAUCGUAGUCGAUUCUGACGACGUGGCCGAGGAAGACCUAGGCGCCGGCUUCUUCUACCGAGACGAAGACAUUGGCAAAAAGAGAGUAGACGCCGCUAAAGCAAGAAUUGAAAGUUUGAACCCCCUUGUUACAGUGGAAACAUCAUCAGACUCUUCUCUUCUCAAGAACGAUGCCGUGGAUACUCUCAUCGCAAGCGUCGACAUGGUCUGCGUCACCGAUGUCGAUCGGACCACCCUUGUACGCCUUAACGACGCAUGCCGGAAAAUGCACAAGCCUUUCUACUCUGGAGGAACAUACGGCUUACUAGGCUACAUCUUCUGUGAUUUGCUGCAGCAUGACUACAUCGCGCCCGACCGUUCAUCACAGAAGGAUGUGGCGAAGAAUGUGAAGAAUACUGCCGUUUACGUAUCUCUACGGACCGCACUCCAGCACCGUUGGACAGGGAUGACGCGACGUCAGACAAAAGAGCUCAAUCCCGCGAUACCACUCGCUGUGCUAGCCAUCUGGGAGUUUCAAGCUACCCACGCUGGCGCAUUGCCCGACGACCCGGCGGCUGCAUCGGAGCUGGAGGCGAUAGCAAAUAAGCUUAUCGCCGAGGCAGAUGUCCACAAACAAGUCUUGUCCAGCAUUCCGAAGGAGCUUGUCGAGACCCUCUCCACGACAGCUGCGCAUGAGAUAUCCCCAGUAUGCGCUGUAGUCGGCGGCCUCCUCGCACAGGACAUUCUCAAGGCCCUGGCUGCGCGAGAGCCGCCCAUCGCGAACUUCUUCACCUUUGAUGGGAACCUGGGCGGCGGCACUGUCGUCAGAAUGUCGAUGCCAUGAUACCCAUAUCCGAUCCGAGGCAGUUGAGCUUCACUUCGGCGAUGGAAAGGCUUCGAGUAGAAGGUGAGGUGAAGUGGAGGUGACGGGUGGCUUGCAACGCAAUGCUCAAGUGUAUAUCUUGACGGUUUGUAUCUAUUCACCAGUGCUUCCUGUCUGUAGCGUGUAUUACAACGGCGUAUAUCCGACUAUCCUCCCG